AUGUGUCAUUUGAAAACUUGCAGUGAUGAAAAAGUAUCAACUACACCCAAAGUACUGAUUGACAGAUACAGAGAUGGCCAAACAAACGCUGUGUCUUUACUGCAUCAACUUGCCCAGGUUUUACAGUUCCACCUGGAAAUAAGAGAGACCACAGGUAACUUGCCAGGCUUUUAUUUUGCCUUUUGUGUGGUCAUUGAUGGGGUUGAGUACAAGACUGGCAUGGGCCUUACCAAAAAAGAGGCUCGGCUCAAAGCAUCAGUCCUUGCCCUGGAGGACUUCCUGCCCACCCUGGAAACUCUGAAUUCAGGCCUGCCUGAAGCUUCAGAUGUCCCUCCACCCUUGCCAGUUAAAGAGGAGCCCUCCAUCUCUGACACCCCUCAUUGUCGGGCCAUUCAUGAAAGGAGGAGCUCAGUUAACAACCAGAUCCCUCAGGCUGUUAGGGAUCAGCUUGUUAAACUGAUGAACAGCCACUCAGAGUUUUCUGCUUGUGCUGGAACAAUGGCAGCAUUCAUCCUUCAGACAUCAAGUGGAUAUGAGGUGGUCUCUUUGGGCACCGGGAACUUUAAUACAAAGGAGAGUGCGUCUACCUGUGGACGGAUUGUGCAUGAUUCUCAUGAAGUGGUUUCUGCAAGAAGAUCACUUAUGAGGUUUCUGUACCGGCACCUGCUGAUGUUCUUCAGUAAAACGGCCAAUCUGACACAGAAGUCGAUCUUCCAGCAGAGCAGCAGCAGUGGCCUUCUCUGCCUGAAGAGCGGCAUCACACUCCACCUCUAUGUGAACCGGCUGCCAAAGGGUGCUGCUAUCCCUUCACAGCUGAGGCUGAACCCACGCUCCAUUUCAGCAUGGCAAGUCAACAAUGACAUCAGCCUCCACCUCUCAGUGGAGGGCAAGGUUUUCUCAGUUUUCUCAUCAACCUUUGAUCAGUCGGCCCCCAGAGUGGUCAGCAUGUCGGCUACUGACAAGCUCACCCAGUGGCAGGUGCUCGGAUACCAAGGAGCCUUGCUCAGCCACUUCAUAGAGCCAGUCUAUGUUCAGAGCAUCCUCAUAGGUGACAGUGACUGCAGUGAUAUUCGAGGGAUGGAGAUCUCGAUGAACCAGCGUGUGGAGGGGAUCACCCCCCAGCUGCCCAUGUUUUACUGCAUGGUGAGGCCUCAGAUCUACCUGGUGCCCUCUGUGGCUACAACCAGCUCCAACAGCAGCCAGCUGACAUACGGCAUCAACUGGAGCGAGGGAGACAGCUCCCUGGAGGUCGUGGAUGGCCUGGAAGGCAAAACCGUUGAGGAAUCUCCUUUUAAGAGUGGCCCAGCUCUGGCAAGUCGUCUGUGCAAAGCAGCAAUGCUGCACCGCUUCAAGUUGGUGGCCAAAGAAGCUCAGAGGCAGGAACUGCUGGCCACAAGCUCCUACAGAGAAGCCAAGAAAAUGGCGAAGCCUUACCAGGAGGCCAAAAACGUUUUGCGGGCUUACCUGUUGCAGCAGGGCUUUGGUUCCUGGCCGACCAAACUUUCGGGAUCUGAAGAAAUGCUGGGAAGUACGGUUAUUAACCAUCGACAACAUGUUGGACUGCAGAAGCUCUCAGCACUGGCAGGAAUCACCCAUUCCUCUUUGGGCCCUUAUAAAAAGUACAAGUUUAUCCAAGAUGAGACAAGUGGAGAGUCGGCUCUUGUGUGCUCGUGUUUUCGCAUCCUCGAGAAUCUGGAGCUGACUUGCGCUGUGGGUCAGCUGGUUUAUGAGACCAUUCAAGCCCACCAGAAGGUCUUUCACACAGGUUCAGGAUGCCUGCUGUUCCUCGCUGGAGUGUGGAGUCGUGUUGCCCUGGAGUGCCUUCACAAAGGAAUUUCAGUGUCAAACAUAAUCUCGGCGAUGUCUGAAGGGCUUGAUAUUUGCUUCAAUGUUUGCAAGAGUGUCAGCAUUUCAACUGAGGGUCUUGGUGGGGGACAAUCACAGAACAGCACUUCGACACCUCAUGAUCUACAAGUGUCAAAGAAGCCUGCUGUGGAGUGGUCACAGGCAUCGAAUGGAUUAACGGGGAAAACAAAAGAUACUCUUAGGACUCUAAAUCCUGGUGGACAAAGAAAAAUAAAACUCAGCAGACAUUUUUGUGAUGAAAAUAUCUUCACAGAAUCUGAAGAUCCUCCUCCUAAACUUUUGGACAUUGCACACAUUGCUGACGGAUUGAGUCACGGUUGUGUCGAUGCAAUGAAUUUAGUAGUCAAAGCCAGCAGAAUACAGUCAAAUAAUAUGCAGCAAGGCACCAGCUGUUCCACUUUUGAUGUUACUAAAGUCCUGACUUGUGUGCUACCUGGUUUAACAGAAGAGCAAGCAUGCGUCACACCAGGCUGCAUCCUACUAUUAUCCACUGAACAAGCUUCAGUUGCACAUCAUUUAAAAGGUCAGCUGUUGAAGAUUGUUCUUAUUAAUGGAGAUUUAUCUUUUGCCUAUCGCCAUCUUGGUUUUAAAAGGCAGACAGGUAUGCAGAGUGUGAGUGAAGACACUGAUCUGUUAAGUUCAAACAAAGAGGAAGAGUGGAUGGAAAAGGUUCUUACAAUUCUGCUGAACCUGGAAGUUAAUCUGAUACUUGUCAGCGGGCUGGUUAGUGCGAAAGUGAUUCAGUGCUGUUCUAGACAUCACAUACUUGCACUGGAAAAAGUAAAUGUUUCCGUUUUGAAAGCACUCGCUGAUGCAUCAGGAGCUGUUCCAGUGACUUAUGCCACACAAUUGACUAAGCACUGUGUUGGUGCUGGAGUGAAAGAAGAGAUAUGGAAGGAUCUUAGCAGCUAUGAGAGGAAGCCGUCAAUAGCUGUGAAUAUUUCCACUGGCAGAAACAGCGACCUGGUGACGGCGAUACUAACGAGCUGUGUCGAGGGAAAGCUUCUAGCUUUGGAGGAUCAGUUUUGGGCUUGUGCCUACCGUUUACACCACGCACUGAAGGACAGAGCCCUCCUGCCUGGUGCUGGCAUGACAGAAAUACUUUGUGUUCAACACCUUCAAAAGGAGGCAAUGAGGGACUGUGUCCAACAAAACGAAACAGGAGGAGGUUGUAACCCUUACAGGAGUGUAGUGUUGCAUCUCAUGGCAGAUGGUUUCAUGGAUUACAUAUCCACAGUAAUAGUUAACACCGGGAAGAUGUCUAAAGUCCAAGCCUGGACUGUAGUGAGUCAGCAGCUGUGUGACUAUAGCCAAAGUCUCAGCAAUGCUGAAGAGUUUUCGCAACUUUUCCUAGGUGGGGAAAAAGAGGAUACAGUCAUUUCGUCACCCAUGAAAUCCACUUAUGCAUCUUCAGCAAAGACCUAUGAUUGUCUGAGUGUGAAGCAAGAAGCAUGGAGGAAAGCCUUAGAUCUGGUUUUCCUGGUCUUACAGACUGAUGCAGAAGUCAUCACAGGCAUCAACCAAAAAACUGAGGCUGCAGAGAGAAACCUGAUGCUUUUGUAACUUUCACUCAGAACCUAAAUUUUUUUUUCUGCUACAAGAGAAAAAAGUGAUAUCUUUUGAGACCAAGGUUAUAAUAGUCUAGAUGUUUAUUUUUUAUUUUGCUUUAAAUUUCAGUUUAGUUUUUUAGUAGUUUUUCCUGUUGGUUUAUUAGUUUAGUUUGUUUUUUAUUAUGCCAAAAUGCUUCAUUUUAAUUCAGUUUUUAUUCAUUUGAGUGUUAGUGUUUUCAGUAAUUCGAGAUACCUGGAUGAGACCCUAAAAGGCUCUUGACUUUUCCUUUUUGCAUUCAAUUUUGAUGUUUGUAUUCAUCUCAAGACCAUAAAUCACCAUUGUAUAAAGUCUUCUUCAGUCAAAUCAGGUAAUUUUUCUCUCUCCAGGUUUGGGUCUACAUGUCAGCCAGUCUGCUGCCAUAAAAAAACUAAAACAAUGGAGAUUUUGUCUCUGAUUUUAUUUUAGUUAGUUAGUUUUGUAAGCACAGAAUUAACUUUUUUUAGUUUUCUUUUUUUGUAAAGAUUGGUUUUUAUCUAGUUUCAGUCAGCUAUUUUUUUACAUUUUAGUUUUAGUUAUUUAGUUAAUAAUAAUAACUUUGGUUGCUCCUUAGCAGUGGUUCUAAACUGGUCUGUCAGGACCCAAAAGUGGGUUGUAGAAAUAUUUUCAGUGUGCGUUGAAAUCAAAUGUGGUGAAAAGUCUGUUGUUGGGUUUCCACUCACCAGUUUCUAUGCUCAUUUUUAAUUUCGCACCAAAAAACCUGCCUAGAGAUGCUGCAAAUACAAACUUCAAAAUAUCACAAAGAAGAAGUGUAUUGGUGAAAAGAAAAUACAACUUUUUACAGUAUUAACAAUGUUUUCUCCACGAGUCGUGGCACUAGCCUCUUGAUUGACUCCUAAAAAAAUGCAUAACAGUCAUGAAUGAAAACAUGAACAAAUUUGCUUUCACCUUUUUAUAAUUUCCAAAAAUGUGUUAAAUUUUCACAGCACAUUGGGAUAGAAACUCAACUAAUGUAUGGAAGCCUCUUAGGCAGACAUGCAUCCAUAUUUUAAAAUUUCCUGUUUUGUCAUUAUAACACAAAAGUAUUGUUUUCUCCCUCUUAAGGUCUCAACUAAUUUAUCCCCUUUUUUUGAGAUAAUAAAGCCAUUUUUCCCACAAUUAUGUGUGAUUUACACUUUGUGUUUACUUGACAGCCCUACUAGGGACAAGAGUCGGAAAUUAGCAAUAGUUUUAAACUCUGUGAGGUACAUCAGCUUCAUGCUCUUUUAUUUAAUAAUGAUCAACUGCAUUGUCCCUAUUAAAUAAGACUAAACUCUAACUCAA